GCAGCGGAAAGUCUGUGACACAAGCACAUCAGCGUUUACAGUCAUGGCUGAGCGCCGCGCAUUCGCCCAAAAAAUCAACAGGACUGUAGCAGCUGAGGUGAGAAAGCAGAUUGCUGGUCAGUAUGGGGGCUCCCCACAGCUCCUCAAGAACCUCAACGUGGGUGCCGCUGCAAGCAACACCGUGCCUCUCACAGAGGCAGUGGAGCCAGUGGAUUUUGAGGAGUACCUCAGCACUCACCCACCUAUCAUUGAGUCGGGCCCCCUGAGGGACCUGAUCGAGUUCCCCCCGGACGACAUCGAGGUGGUCUGCACCCCCAGAGAGUGUCGCACAGUGGGACAGGCCGUGCCUGAGGAAGGGCACAAUGACGCCCACGUCAGAGACUGUGUCAGGUCCUACACUGAGGACUGGGCCGUUGUCAACAGAAGAUACCAUAAGCUUGGUACUGGGUUUAACCCUAACACCCUGGACAAGCAGAAGGAGAGGCAGAAAGGCCUGCCCAAACAGGUGUUUGAGGCUGAUGAGAUGCCAGACGUUAGCGCUUAUCAGGGCGACCAGGAUGACCUGAAGCGUAGGUCCAUGUCCAUAGACGACACUCCGCGUGGCAGCUGGGCCUGCAGUAUCUUCGACCUGAAGAACUCUGUCCCCGACGCCCUCCUGCCCCAUUUGCUGGACCGAGCCCCCAACGAGGAGAUCGACCGGCACAAUGAGGAGCACCGCAAGUCCAACCGCCAUCGCGAGCUCUUCGCCCUGCACCCCGCCCUCGACGAGGAGGAACCAAUAGAGCGCCACUGUGUGCCUGAUGUUCCUAAGGAGCACUUUGGCCAGAGGUUACUCGUCAAGUGCUUGUCCUUGAAGUUUGAGAUCGAAAUCGAGCCCAUAUUCGCCAGUUUGGCCUUAUACGAUGUCAAGGAAAAGAAAAAGAUAUCAGAGAACUUCUUAUUCGACCUGAACUCGKAGCAGACUAAAGGGAUGCUGCGCUCCCACAUCCAGACAGCAGCCAUCUCCACCCUGGCCCGCUCAGCCAUCUUCUCCAUCACAUACCCCUCCCAGGACGUCUUCCUCGUCAUACAGCUGGAGAAGGUGUUGCAGCAGGGUGAUAUAGGAGAGUGUGCAGAGCCCUACGUGGUCUUCAAAGAGUCCGACACAGCCAAGAACAAAGAGAAGUUGGAGAAGUUGCGGAGCCAGUCGGAUCAGUUCUGCACACGUCUGGGUCGGUACCGGAUGCCCUUCGCCUGGACAGCCAUCCACCUGAUGAACAUUGUGAACAGCGCUGGUAGCCUGGAGAGAGACACUGAGCUGGAGAUGGGACUUCCAGAGAGGAAAGGGUCAUGGUCGGAGAGGAGGAACUCGAGUGUUUCGGGCCGGCGCUCCCUGGAGAGGACCACCAGUGGAGACGAGUCAUGUAGUCUGAGCAGCUUCAGACCUGCUACCCUCACCGUCACCAACUUCUUUAAACAGGAGGGGGACCGGUUGAGUGAUGAGGACCUGUAUAAGUUUUUAGCUGACAUGAGGAGGCCGUCUUCUGUACUGAGGAGACUGAGACCAAUCACAGCCCAGCUGAAGAUUGACAUCUCGCCGGCCCCAGAGAACCCCCACUACUGCUUGACCCCUGACCUCCAGCAGGUCAAGCCCUACCCAGACAGCAGGGUCCGCCCCACCAGGGAGAUACUGGAGUUCCCACCUAAGGACGUCUACGUACCAAACACCACCUACAGGAACCUGCUGUAUGUGAACCCACACAGCCUGAACUUCGCCAACCGUCAAGGCUCAGCCCGGAACAUCACAGUGAAAGUGCAGUUCAUGAACGGGGAGGACCCCAACAACGCAAUGCCGGUGAUUUUUGGCAAGUCGAGCUGUGCAGACUACGCCAAAGAAGCAUACACUGCUGUAGUGUAUCAUAACAGGUCCCCAGACUUCCAUGAUGAAGUGAAGAUCAAGCUCCCGGCUUCUCUGACUGACCACCACCACAUCCUGUUCACCUUCUACCAUGUUAGCUGCCAGCAGAAACAGAACACCCCUCUGGAGACCCCCGUGGGAUACACGUGGAUUCCUAUGCUGCAGAACGGUCGUCUGCGUACAGGAAACUUCUGUCUGCCUGUGUCUCUGGAGAAACCUCCUCAGUCCUACUCUGUUCUCUCCCCUGAUGUUCCUCUACCUGGGAUGAAAUGGGUGGAUAACCACAGAGGUGUUUUCAACGUUGAAGUGACAUCCGUUUCCACUGUCCACACACAGGACCAGUACCUGGAUAAGUUUUUUGCGUUGGUCCAUGCCUUGGACCACAUGUUCCCUGUGCGGAUAGGAGACAUGCGCAUCAUGGAGAACAACCUGGAGGAGGAGUUAAAGUCCAGCAUUGCCGCGCUGAACUCCUCCCAGCUGGAGCCCAUCGUCCGCUUCCUCCACCUCCUAUUGGACAAGCUGGUGCUGCUGGUGGUGCGGCCGCCCGUCAUAUCAGGACAGAUAGUGAACCUGGGCCAGGCGUCGUUCGAGGUGAUGGCGUCCAUAGUGAACCGGCUCCAUAAGUACUUGGACACUAGUCAGGACAUGCAUGGCAGAAACAGCCUGCUCUCCUCUUACGUAUACUACGUCUUCCGCCUGCCCAACAUGGACCCCAACUCCCCCUCACCAGGUCCAGGUCUGGGUGGUUCAGUCCACUAUGCCACCAUGGCCAGGUCCGCCCAGCGACCUGCCAGCCUAAACCUCAACCGCUCCCGUAGCCUUAGCAACAGUAACCCUGAUAUCUCUGGCACACCCACCUCCCCUGACGAUGAGGUCCGAUCCAUCAUCGGUAGUAAGGGCCUAGACCGCUCCAACUCCUGGGUGCACACCGUGCGGUGUAAGAGCACCCCCUGGAGAUCCAGCCACGGUUCUGCCUCUGACACUGACACCGACACCAUGCAGGCCGCGGAGCGCUGUGGCAACCGCAUGUCUUCGCACACUGAGAGCGCCAGUUUCUUGCAAACUUUAACAGGACGGUUACCCACCCAAAAGUUGUUCCAUGAGGAACUGGCCCUACAGUGGGUGGUGAGCAGUGGCAUCGUCAGGGAGGGAGCUCUACAACAGGCCUGGUUCUUCUUUGAGCUGAUGGUGAAGAGCAUCAUCCACCACCUGUACUUCACCGACCGGCUAGAGUCGCCCAGAAAGAACCGUUUCCCCGAGCGCUUCAUGGAUGACAUCACAGCCCUGGUCAGCACCAUCGCUGGGGACAUUGUCUCACGCUUUCAGAAGGACCUGGAGUUGGUGGAGCGUCUGAACACCAGCCUGGCCUUCUUCCUGAAUGACCUGCUGUCUGUCAUGGACCGAGGCUUUGUCUUCUCCCUCAUCAAGACAUACUGGAAACAGGUGUCCACUAAGCUGUACGUGCUGCAGAACCCGACUCUGGAGUCCCUGAGACUCGACUUCCUGAGGAUCAUCUGUAGCCACGAGCACUACGUCACACUUAACCUGCCCUGCAGCCUCCUCACGCCCCCCGCCUCGCCUUCACCCAGCGUGUCAUCCGCAACCUCACAGAGUUCUGGCUUCUCUGCCCAGGACCAGAAGAUAGCCAACAUGUUUGAGUUGUCUGUCCCUUUCAGAGAGCAGCACUACCUGGCUGGUCUGGUGCUGACUGAACUGGCUGUCAUCCUGGACCCAGAGGGCGAAGCGAUGUUUGGCUUACAUAAGAAGGUGAUCAGUGUGGUCCAUAACCUGCUGUCCAGCCAUGACUCCGACCCCCGCUACGCUGACCCUGAGGUCAAGGCCCGUGUCGCCAUGCUCUACCUGCCACUCAUCGGCAUCGUCAUGGAAACGCUGCCCCAGCUGCACGACUUCACAGAGUCCCAUAUCCAGUGGGGCCGCCCUGGGGGAGCUCAGGGGUCCGCAGAUGGUGCCGGGGGGGAUGAGUCUGUAGAGGACGGCAACAGCAUGAUCAGUCAGACUGUUGCCAUGGCGAUAGCGGGGACCUCAUCUCCGAUGUCCCGUCCCAGCAGCUUCCUGCUCAACCCACAGGCCAGUCGUCCGCACGCCACCUUCUCAGCAGAGUCCAGUCGCAGUCUGUUGAUCUGUCUGCUGUGGGUUCUGAAGAAUGCAGAUGAGUGUGUACUACAGAAGUGGUUCACUGACCUGUCUGUCUCCCAGCUCAACCGUCUGCUGGACAUGCUCUACCUCUGUGUCUCCUGCUUUGAGUACAAGGGGAAGAAGGCCUUUGAGCGCAUGAACAGCCUGACCUUCAAGAAGUCCAAGGACAUGAAGGCCAAGCUGGAGGAGGCCAUACUGGGGAGCAUCGGGGCACGGCAGGAGAUGGUCCGCCGCAGCAGGGGACAGCUAGAGAGGAGUCCGUCAGGCAGUGCCUUCGGCAGCCAGGAAAACCUGCGCUGGAGGAAAGACAUGACACACUGGCGCCAGCACAGCGAGAGGAUGGACAAGAGCCACAGAUCACUCAGGUUUAGAGACAGCAUCCUACUACACAGCCCAGGGAGUCCAACCCAAACCCAGGAGCCUUUAGUAGUUAGGACCCGAGCGGAGCUGGAGCACGAAGCACUUAUUGACGGUAACCUGGCAACGGAGGCCAAUCUGAUCAUUCUGGACACUCUGGAGAUCAUCGUCCAGGCGGUGUCUGUGACAGAGUCGAAGGAGAGUAUCCUGGGCGGAAUGUUGAAGGUGCUGCUCCAUAGCAUGGCCUGUAACCAGAGUGCCCUCUACCUCCAGCACUGCUUUGCUACACAGAGGGCUCUCGUCUCCAAGUUCCCAGAGCUGCUGUUCGAGAAGGAGACAGAGCAGUGUGCUGACCUGUGUCUGCGUCUACUGAGGAACUGUAGCAGCAGUAUUGGCACCAUCAGAUCCCACGCCUCCGCUUCGCUCUACCUGCUCAUGAGGCAGAACUUUGAGAUUGGCAAUAAUUUUGCUCGGGUGAAGAUGCAGGCGACCAUGUCCCUGUCCUCCCUGGUGGGAACGUCUCAGCACUUCAACGGGGAAUUCCUCCGGCGUUCCCUGAAGACCAUCUUGACCUACGGCGAGGAAGACCUGGAACUCCGGGAGACCACCUUCCCUGACCAGGUCCAGGAUCUGGUGUUCAACCUGCACAUGAUCCUGUCUGAUACAGUCAAGAUGAAGGAGCAUCAGGAGGACCCAGAGAUGCUCAUAGACCUCAUGUACAGGAUCGCUAAGGGUUACCAGACGUCUCCAGACCUGCGUCUGACGUGGAUGCAGAACAUGGCGGGUAAACACUCUGAGAGGACCAAUCACGCGGAGGCAGCCCAGUGUCUGGUGCACAGCGCGGCCCUGGUGGCAGAAUACCUCAGCAUGCUGGAGGACCGCAAGUACCUGCCUGUCGGCUGUGUCACCUUCCAGAACGUCUCUUCCAACGUGCUGGAGGAGUCUGCAGUGUCUGACGACGUGGUGUCUCCCGAUGAGGAGGGUAUCUGCUCGGGGAAAUACUUCACUGAGGCUGGCCUAGUGGGGCUGCUGGAUCAGGCUGCUUCCUCCUUCUCCCUGGCUGGUAUGUACGAGGCGGUGAACGAGGUGUACAAGGUCCUGAUCCCCAUCCACGAGGCCAACCGGGACGCCAAGAAGUUGGCCACCAUACAUGGUAAACUACAGGAAGCCUUUGGCAAAAUCGUGCACCAGGAUGGGAAGAGAAUGUUUGGUACUUACUUCAGAGUCGGAUUUUACGGCUCUAAAUUUGGGGACUUGGACGAGCAGGAGUUUGUGUACAAAGAGCCUGCCAUCACCAAGCUAGCAGAGAUCUCACACCGACUCGAGGGGUUUUAUGGCGAGCGCUAUGGAGAGGACCAGGUGGAAGUCAUUAAGGACUCCAAUCCAGUGGACAAGUGCAAACUGGACCCAAAUAAGGCUUAUGUCCAGAUCACGUACGUGGAACCGUACUUUGACACCUAUGAAAUGAAGGACCGCAUCACGUACUUCGACAAGAACUACAACCUGCGGCGCUUUGUCUACUGCACGCCGUUCACGCUGGACGGGCGUGCGCACGGGGAUCUGCACGAUCAGUUCAAGCGCAAAACCAUCCUGACCACCUCCCACGCAUUCCCCUACAUCAAGACCCGCAUCAACAUCAUCCACAAAGAAGAGAUCAGCUCCAUGCCCAUCGAGGUGGCCAUAGAGGAUAUGCAGAAGAAGACCCAGGAGCUGGCCUUCGCCACCCACCAGGACCCCUCCGAUGCCAAGAUGCUGCAAAUGGUCCUGCAGGGGUCUGUGGGGACCACCGUCAACCAGGGACCUCUGGAAGUGGCCCAGGUGUUCCUUUCAGAGAUCCCCAGUGACCCUAAACUCUACAGACACCACAACAAACUACGCCUCUGCUUCAAAGACUUCACGAAGAGGUGUGAAGACGCCCUCCGUAAGAACAAGAGUCUGAUUGGUCCAGACCAGAAGGAGUACCAGAGGGAGUUGGAGAGGAACUACCAUCGUCUGAAGGAGGCGCUACAGCCACUCAUCUGCAGAAAGAUACCCCAGCUUUAUAAACCUGUGCUGCAGGUCAACUCUCACAGGGAUUCCUUCAGCAGAAUGAGCCUCCGCAAGCUUGAACUUUGAAGAUGAAGAAAAAUUGAAAUGAAGAAUCAUUACCUUAAUUUAUUCAUGUGCAAAGACAGAGUCAGCGUUCCCGAUAGCGAGCAGAAGGAAAGCCAAAGGAGUGUUACCACGAACUUGGUACGUCAUUCAAGUGUCUUAUUUGUUGACAGGCAGGCAGCCUGUUACGCAAUCAGUGGGUUUAACAAAGUGGAUCUUACUACGUAUAAUGUCAAAUCUGUAUUCAUAUUUCAUGUGUGCACUUUUUUUUUAAUUACUGUGUAUCAAUGCAUUUUGCGACUUGAACGUUUUUAUAUUUAAUCAAAAAUGGGAUGGAAAGAAAAUUUGCAAAAUAUGUACCGACACUAUUUAUAAUGCGUUAUAAUUUUUAGUUAAGCUCCAUUUUGUUUUUAGUUAGGGAAAUGUUUUAAACAUUGACAUUGAAUAGUUAUGUAUUUUUUUUGUUUACUUUAAAUAUUUUACUAAAUAAAUAUU